AUGAGCCGCGCGAUGGGGGACUUCUCCUACAAGGCAAAGGCCGAUCUUGACGACGCCAAUCAGCAGGUGAUCGCGGUCCCGGACGUCGUGAUCGUCGAGCGAGACCCUGAGGCGGACACCUUCGUCGUCCUGGCCUGCGAUGGGAUCUUUGACGUCUUGUCAAACGAACAGUUGAUCGACUUUAUCGUUGAAAAGAAGGCGGAAGGGUUGGAGAAUGAGGCCAUCUGCGAGGCCGUUUGUUUGCAUUGUUUGGCACCGCCAAGUAUGGUCACAGGGCAACCCGCACGGCCUGACGGGACCGAUAACAUGACCAUCAUUAUUGUGGAUCUGCUCAACUAG